AUGCUGUCCUCGCUACUCGUCCUGUUGGCCCUGAUGACGACAGGCGCUGGUGCCGCGCCAGUGAAGAAGCUACCCCCGCCACCAUCAUUGCGAUCACCGCCGCCGCCUGUGCCCACCCCCAGCCAGACUUCCGUCGCUCUUGCCCUUCAGGGCAAAUUGCAGUAUAGGACUACACGGCCGGCGGGGACAUGGCUGCUGACUGGGGUCGUGGUCAACAAAGUAACCACCAACUACCAACUACCGGGUCAACCCAUAGACGGCACCACGGGAAUGCCCAUUCCGCCGGGAAGGACGAUCAGUCUGACUUGUAUCCUGUCCGGCCCGAAGUCAACUGUGUGCACCAGCGUCGCCGCAGCAAAGGUCACUGUGGCGGCGGCUCCCGUGCAGUCCACCAACCUGACGUUAUCUGUGCUGGUCAUGGUGGUCAGCCUUACCGACAGCGCCAGCUGCGCCAGCCGCCCGGGGGCCAAUGUGACGGAUGUGCGGAAUGCGUUCUUGGAGCCGGACGGCUACGCAGAUUUCUUCGGCAACUGCAGCUACGGCAGAAUGGUGUUCAACAGACAGGCCCUCACGGUGGUGUCUACUGCGGUCAGCUGCUCACUGCCGAUUAUGAGGUGCGCCGAGGACGCCAUCGCAUCAGCUGCACAGCAGCAAGCGACCGCAUCAGGCAUCAAAAUUGGCUCGUACGCGCGUUUCCUGUACGUGCUGCCCGUGGACUUCGCCGUGACAUGCGGCUGGGUGGGUCUGGCGGAGCUCCCUGGGGCGCAGAGCUGGUUCACCGCCGACUCGCAGGGUAUCUUCUCCAAGGGCACAGUGAUGCAAGAGAUGCUGCACAACGUUGGGCUCUACCACGGCUGGCAGGACGGUGUGGAAUACAAUGACGAAUCGACUGCCAUGGGCUAUGGCGACAGCUGCCCCUCCGCCCCGGAGCUCAUGCGCCUCGGCUGGGCCUUCCCCCUGGUGGAGCUCAACUCCUCAUCCUUCCCGGUCGCGACCUUCAGAACUUUCACCCUGCCCGCCACGUAUCUGGGCCCCACGGGGGUCAUGAUCAAGAUUCGACUGGACUGGCUCGACUUCUACACAAAGAAUGUGUACCUGGCACUUCGCGUGAAGGCAGCGGGUGACAUAAGUCUCCUGGACAAGUUCAACGGCAAGAUCAGCAUCCAUGAGGUUAACAAGGACAUUGACAACGACUUCACUGCGCCCGGGGACCCCCGAGUGUCCAUUAUCGGCGUGGUCGGUGCCAACAGCCCAUCCAGCUACUUCAACUACAAGCUCUACCUGCUCACCGGAGCUUUUAAUCCCGUAACGUCCUCAAUGUCCGUUAAGAUCUGUCGCUUCGUGGACGGACCCAACGAGUGCGUGGACAUGCCUCCCCCUCCGCCACCACCGCCACCAAGCCCUCCUCCUCCUCCACCACCAACGCAAUCUGCACCCUCAGUGCUCCUGAACCAGCCCUUCCCCCCCUCCCCAGAGGACAGGGAAGCUCGGCCUCCGCCACCGGGUUCCAGUAGCCCACCUCCCUCGCCGGAUGAUAGCCUCACUGUGCGGCCGCCGCCAAAGGACCGAUCGCCGCCUCGGACACCAUCACCGCUGCGAACUGACCGAUCGCCGCCUCGGACACCAUCACCGCUGCGAACUGACCGAUCGCCGCCCCGGACACCAUCACCACGUCGAAGCAACGACGAUUAG